AUUGCAGGUUCUUCAGCAAAAGCACUUGUGAGCUUGAAAGAGGGAAGCUUAUCCAGUUCGUGGAAUGAAAAGUACAAUUCUCUGCAGAAAACACCUAUUUGGAAAAGCAAGAAUGCUGGUUCUGCAGUGGAAAUGCCCUUCAGAAAUUCAAAACGGAGUCGACUCUUCUGUGAAGAAGAUGACAGACAAAUAAACACAAGGUCACCCAAAAGAAAUCAGAAGGUUGCGAUGGUUCCACAGAAGUUUAAUACAGCAAUGCCGACGCCAGACAAGAAAGCAUCGCAGAAGAUCGGUUUGCGGCUUCGUAACCUGCUCAAACUUCCCAAAGCUCACAAGUGGUGCAUAUACGAAUGGUUCUAUUCAAAUAUAGAUAAACCGCUAUUUGAAGGGGAUAAUGACUUCUGUGUAUGCCUGAAAGAAUCUUUUCCGAAUUUGAAAACCAGAAAAUUGACAAGAGUAGAGUGGGGGAAAAUCAGGCGAUUAAUGGGAAAACCACGGAGGUGUUCCUCUGCAUUCUUUGAGGAAGAGAGAUCAGCGUUAAAACAGAAACGGCAGAAAAUAAGACUUUUGCAGCAGCGGAAAGUUGCAGAUAUUUCACAGUUCAAAGAUCUUCCAGAAGAAAUUCCAUUGCCACUUGUAAUAGGAACAAAAGUUACAG